UUGGAAGAUAUUCAUGUUUUUUUUUUUGCAAAUUAUAAUCAACAUUUGCUUGUCACUGUUGUUGCGUAAACCAGCAAAAAAAACUUUCUGGGGAACCGCCGCAAUUCUACUAUAGCGGUGCGCUGUCUUCACUGCACGUGCUAAAGUUAUUAUUUCCCGAUAGGACGCAAGGUCAUUCAGCUUUGCUGCAGUACUGGAACGGUUCUGAUCAAUGUCAGAUCAGUUGCUUGUAUCCAGUGUGCAUGAAGUGCGUGUUUGGACAUUCAAAAUGUUUUCAUUUAGUUUUUAUUGAUGCAGUCAUCAGAACGACCCAAAAACUGCCGCAGAGGUUCAUAAUCACCUGGUAAUAUAAUGUGCUAUUUGUCCGAUUGUUGUAAUUGUUGUCAUGUCAUAUUUAUGUGCCCGUUGGUUCAACCCCAUUUAAAUUAUAGCCUACGGUCCGCUAUUUCAACGCACAGCACGAGUGCGCAUUACGUCACGUGGUGCAGGUCACAUGACCUGAUGAGGAAGUGUAGAGGUGUGUUUACUGUAGUUUUAAACGCCGCAGCGCUGCUGUCAAACAGCGACAUGGUAAUUGUCGCCCGGAGUCGACAGUUCAACUGCGAUUCUUCUUUAUUUAUUGCGUGUAUUUCGCAUUUAUUUUAGUUAUUUAUGUAUUUCAAGGCAUCGACAUGGCUUCUCCUGGUUGUAAUGACUGCAACCACGACUCAGAGAGGGGCAAGCUGCUGACCUCGGCGACGUACUACGGCUCCGGUGACUCUCAUCAGCACGUCGCCCCCGGCAACCCCCCGCCCCAGCCCCAGCCCCAGCCCCAGCGGCUGGGGGGGUGGGCGGGCUCCAAGCGGGAUGAGGAGGAAGAGGAGGAGCUUCGCAGGAAGCUGAAGUAUUACUUCAUGAGCCCCUGCGACAAGUUCCACGCCAAGGGCCGCAAGCCCUUCAAACUGGGCCUGCAGAUGCUCAAGAUCGUCAUCGUCACUGCGCAGCUGGUACUGUUUGGUCUCAGCAACCAGAUGGUGGUGACCUUCAAUGAGGAGAACACCGCGUCCUUCAAGAACAUCUUCCUCAAAGACUACGGCGAGGACACGGAAGAACCCCUGACGGUCUACACGCAGAGCGACGUCUACAGCCACAUCCAGUACGCCAUAGAGCAGUACCUGGCGCUGCCGGCCACCACGGUGGGGCGGUACGCCUACGUUUACGGGGUUGGGGUGAACGGCAGCGCCCUCUCCCUCUGCCAGAGGUACUUCAGGAAGGGGAGCAUCGAUCCGGCCAAUGACACGUUCGACAUCGACCCGCACGUCGUCACCGAGUGCAUUGGAGUGAACCCCUUGGCCACGCCUCCUGGUCCACUUGGCCACACCUACAAGAACCUCACCCUGCAAUUCCACAAGCUGAUCAAUGUGACCAUAGAGUUCCAGCUGAAGGCCAUAAACAUCCAGACCAUCAUUAACAAUGAGAUCCCAGACUGCUACACCUUCACCGUCACGAUUGUGCUGGAUAACAAGGCUCACAGUGGGCAGGUGAAGAUUAGCCUGCAUAACAAAGCUUCCAUCCAGGAGUGCACAGACCCCAGCGUGUCGGGGCACGCGGAGAACUACCAGCGGCUGCUGUUUGACCUGCUGGUGGCGGUGGUGUGUUUGCUGUCCCUACUGCUGUGUGGGAGGUCCAUCGUCAGGGGAAUAUUCCUGCAGAACGAGUUUGUGCGGUUCUUCAGGAGCAGCCUGGGGCGCCGUGUGUGUUGGGGCGACAGGCUGGAGUUCAUUAAUGGCUGGUACAUCCUGCUGGUGGUCAGUGACGUGCUCACCAUCACCGGCAGCUUCAUCAAGAUCGGCAUCGACUACAAGAACCUGUCCUCCUAUGACGUGUGUGGGAUCCUGCUGGGCACCUCCACCUUGCUGGUGUGGGUGGGGGUCAUCCGCUACUUCAGCUUCUUCCAGAAGUACAAUGUGAGUGACGGCUCUUCAUCUUCAUCAUCCUCUGUAGCUGCAUUAGUACGCGACCCGCAGGAGGUGAAGUACUGUGCCUUACUAACCCCCGCUCCCCCACCCCCCCGGCAGAUCCUGAUCAUCACCCUGCGCGCCGCCUUCCCCAACGUCAUCCGCUUCUGCUGCUGCGCCGCCGCCAUCUACAUGGGCUACUGCUUCUGCGGCUGGAUCGUCCUGGGGCCCUAUCACGUCAAGUUCCGCUCCCUGUCCAUGGUGUCCGAGUGCCUCUUCUCGCUGAUCAACGGGGACGACAUGUACGUGACCUUCGUGGGCAUGCAGGGCAGCAGCCCGCUGGUGUGGAUCUUCAGCCAGGUCUACCUCUACACCUUCAUCUCCCUCUUCAUCUACAUGGUGCUGUCGCUCUUCAUCGCCCUCAUCACCGGGGCCUACGAGACCAUCAAGCACCAGACCCAGGAGCCCGAACAUGUGACCCAGCUGCACACCUUCAUCGCCGAGUGCAAGGACACGCCCGGCUCCGGAAAGUUCCGCGGCCCGGAGACCGGGCCCUGCUCCAUAUUCUGCUGCUGUGAUAAAACCACAACAUACCAGGACGGCUUGGUGGUGAACUGACACUGGACCUGUUGCUCCCUCUACUGGCUAACAUCAAGUAUUACACCGUUGUUCACGCCAGCACCAUGAGUUGCACAGGGUAUAUAAACGCAUACACACACACACACAUUGUUUCCACUUAAAACACUCGAUUUGGAGAGGAGGGAAUUUCUUUUUAACUUACCUUUUAUUUGCAAGUGUUUGCAAAUUGUAAUUAAUUUAAUUUAUUCGAGUCACCAUAAUUUAGCAUGGCAUGCUAUGUUUACAGCUAUGUUCUCUUCCUGUAACCUGUUUAUAUACCUGGGAAUUACUGGACCAAAUUUAAAGUGAAGCGCUCAAUGUGAAGUGCUCAAUGAUACAGUGGACUUGGUUCUUGGAAGGAACCACUGUUUGUAAGAUGGUAUCUAUCUUAUAAUUUUGUGUCAAUCUAGUCUAAGUGGAAGGCCCUUGAGAUCUUUUAACUUAUUUGUUUAUUUCUUGUCUUGCAUUUAUUAUUUUAAGAUGGUUAUCAUGUUAAGCCUGUGUGGCCUUUUUUAUAGUGUCAGUGAAGGAAGAAUAGUUUACCUAUUUGACGUACAGUGGUAGGUUUUCAUAUGGGUCAAACAUACAACACGCACACGCUCACCCUGCAAACUAUUCAGCUCUUAGCCGCACUUACUUGUAUCUCUGCUCUCUCGCAGAAAGUCACUUGUC